AUGAAGUCACUUCUCAUCUUGGCGGCCGUUCUUGCCGUCGGAGUUUUCGCUCAGGACGAUGCCAAGGGGCCAAAAGUCACCGAUAAGGUUUACUUUGACAUGGAAAUCGGAGGAAAGCCAAUCGGACGUAUCGUUAUCGGAAUCUUCGGAAAGACUGUGCCAAAGACCGCCACCAACUUCAUCGAGCUUGCCAAGAAGCCAAAGGGAGAAGGAUACCCAGGAAGCAAAUUCCACCGUGUCAUCGAAGACUUCAUGAUUCAAGGAGGAGAUUUCACCCGCGGAGACGGAACCGGAGGACGUUCGAUCUACGGAGAAAAGUUCGCUGACGAGAACUUCAAGCUGAAGCACUACGGAGCCGGAUGGCUGUCCAUGGCCAACGCUGGAGCUGACACCAAUGGAUCCCAAUUCUUCAUCACCACUGUCAAGACCCCAUGGCUUGAUGGACGCCACGUUGUUUUCGGAAAGGUUUUGGAAGGAAUGGAUGUUGUCCGCAAGAUCGAGAAGACUGAGAAGCUCCCAGGAGAUCGUCCAAAGCAAGACGUCAUCAUUGCCUCUUCUGGACAUAUCGCCGUUGAUGUUCCAUACGCUGUUGAGCGCGAGGGUGUCAACUAA